AACUUACUCAACACUGGUCGUGGGUCUGCCUUUGGGCCUCCUCCUGGUGGGAUCUUAUUCAGAUCUCGCUCUUUCGGUCACUACCCACAGCUGGUGAACACAGGUGAGGGUGGGGAAGUAGAUCGACGUAGAUCGAGAGCCCUGCUUUUACACUCAGCUGUCCAAUCUCUUGUCACUCGUGACCCCAAGAUACUUCAACUCCUCCACUUGUGGCAAGGACUCAUCCCCAACCCGGAGUGGGCACUCCAUUCUUUUUCUGAGGAGAAUGGACCGAUCUGAGGACCAUGGAUGCAGAUUUGGAGACGCUGAUUCUCAUUCCCACCGCUUCACACUUGGCUGUGAACCAUUCCAGUGCGAGCUGGAGGCCACCUCCUCCUGACCUCCUGCCUGGUUGGACAAACUCCCUCAAUGCACUCAAUGCACUCUUGAGUAUCCUUAAGAGGAUGAAGAGCUGGUCCAGUGUUCCAUGUAUAACGGACGGACUGUCCUUUCCAGCACCCUGGCAUACACCUUUCCAGGGAGGCUGAGUAGUGUGAUCUCCCUACAGCUGGAACACAUCCUCCGGUCCCCCUUCUUAAAGAUGGGAACCACUCCAGAGGUACCCCCCCAAACACAACCAAAACAUCCCUAAAACAUCCAGAGUCUUCAGGAACUCAGGCUGAACCCAGGGACUCUGCCACCAACAAGUAGUUUAACUGCCUCAGUGACUUGACUCACUGGACAUUGGCGGGUCUUCCUCCUCGUCGCCAGGCUCUGCUUCCUCCACGGAAGACGUGUCAGUGGGAUUAUGGAGGUCCCCGAAGUAUUCCUUCCACUGGCUGACAAUGUCCUCAGUCGAAGUCAGCAGCACUCCACCCGCACUAUUAAUAUGCACUGUGCCUUUUAAAUAAAUACAUUCAAAUUAUACAGAGAACAUUAAUGAUAAUACAAACUAAUAAUGUCUUGGAGCUCGGCCCACUGUCAAACUUCACUCCACGACGCCUCUCUCCAGUCACCAUCCUGCCAUGUUGGUCUGCAGUGUCUUUGACUUCUUUCCCAGUAAGAUCAAAGUGAGCUGGCACAGAGACGGACAGGAAGUCACCUCUGAUGUCACUUCCACUGAGGAGAUGGAGGAUGGGGAUUGGUACUACCAGACCCACUGCUACCUGGAGUACACACCCAGGUCUGGAGAGAAGAUCUCCUGUGUGGUGGAGCACGCCAGCCUGGAGAAACCUCUGAUCACUAACUGGGAUCCCUCCUCAUCCUCAUUCAUGCCUAAGAUAGAGAGGUACAAGCUUGCCAUCGGCGCCUCAGGACUGAUCCUCUGUCUGAUCUUGUCUCUGGCUGGGUUCAUCUACUACAGACAGAGAGCUCGAGGUCGUAUCCUGGUUCCCACAAACUGAGGCUGUUCCUGGUCCUGGUUUUCUUCGAUGUUUUAAAGUCAGCUGCCUCCUGUGUUUAGCAGACUGAUGACGAUGUAGCCAAUAUGUCAGCUCACCAAAGAAUAACUGAAACAAUAUCUGUGCCAAAAGAAGAAAAUGUAUUCAGGGUCUGACUGCAGUUUACCAUCUGUGCUUAAUAUCUUAUAGAGCAGCGGUUCCCCAACCCCGAGUCGUUUAGUACGGGGCCGUGAGAGUUGAGGUUCGGGUGUAAAAUGUUUGGUUUUCAGGGUUUUUAGUGUUAUUUUGUUAUCGUUUUUGUUGUUAACUCGGUUUUCAUAGGUCUUUAAACACGUGUUAUGAAUAAAUCUUCUUUUUUCGGUAGCGGUACUAGUUUUCUUUUGUGGUAUUUAUUUGCGACACCUUAAAGGCCGGUCCAUGAAAACAUUGUCAGGCAUAAACGGGUCCGUGGCGCAGAAAAGGUUAAGGGACCGCUGUCAUAGAGAUUUCUGGAUUGGAGCAUGUCAUCCUUCAGGACUCACAUCCGCUUUACAGUUUACUUUUUGACCCUGGGCCCGCUGAUACAAGCGCUCUUUAAAUGACUGUGACUCCGUCAUUGUUUGUGCUAGUGAGAACAUGUGAAUGGCUUUGAAAAGAUGAGAAGCUGUUCUUUACGGGAUAUUUGGUGUAUUACGGUAGCACAAAGCAUUCACAGGCUACUGCUGUCUGAACAGAGAAAAGUCAACUCUGCUUAGGUUUUACCAUCAGUGUUUUGCAAUGCCGUAGCUCCUCCACCAACUGGGCUGGAGAGACAUUUCAAAGACGAGCUUUACGAAACUUUACUGUGCAUCAUUAGAAAGCACGAGCAGCUGCAGUCCAAUCACAGAUAAGAAUUGAUGAUUGAUUGAUUGAUGAUGAUGCACGGAGCAGAGAGGCAGGAAUGGAGAAGUGGCAACGCACAAAAAAAGACCAGGAGAUUUAAAAACUCCAGUGUGGCCCAGGCUGAAAACCCUUUUUAUACAUAUUUAAAGUUGAUGUUGUGUUACAUUUUGUUCAUGUUGAAUAUCAGUUUCCACUAAAGUAUAAAGCUGAAAAAA